AUGAGCCAGACUACAGCUCGCCUCAAAGCUCUGGGGCAGAGGCAGCUUUGGCGGGCCGCUUUGAAUGUACUCCACGAAUUGGUGGACACGAAGUCAACAGUACACAUGCAUCAUUUCACAGCUGCUAUGAAUGCCUGCGAGAAAGCCUCAGAGUGGCAGUUUGCGCUGCUCUUGUUGAAGCACUUCGCUCCAGAUGCCAGGGCUAUUGGUGUCGCCCUUGCUGCUUGCGCACGUGCUGCACGCUGGCGCCAUGCUUUGGCAUUGCUUCAAGACCACGCCGUCGACUCCCUGGGCCGAGCAGCCGCUGUCAGGGCCUGUGCUCUAGCCAGUCGCUGGCAGACGGCCCUGGAGAUCUUUACCACGAUAAGUCGGCCGAAUGCUGUGGCGUUUACCGCGGCAGCAGUGGCGACAGGGCGUGCUGCAUCUUGGCGUUUGGCAGUGGAGGUCCUGGCACAAGCUCAGCAAGUGGAGUCAGAUGCAGGUGUUAUUGACACAGUGGAUGUGUCCCUGUGCAACGCCACUUUGCGCGCUUGUGUUGAAGCUGCUGGUGGCGGCCCUCAAGGCUGGAAUGCUUGGGUGGCCGCACUGCAACUGCUUGCCACAAUGGAGCAGCAUCAGGUACAUCCCGAUGAGUUGAGCUUUGCAAUGUGCGCACGAGCGUGUGAACGAGUGUCACUCUGGGAGAGGGCUGUAUCCUUACUCCAGCUUUCAGAAGACAGAUCAAUGCAACCUUCUGGUGGCUGCCUCAAUGCCAUUGUCGGGGCCCAUGCCCGCACAAGUCGCUGGGAAAACGCUUUGGGAUGGCUCGAGGUGGCUCGCCGUGGCCGAUUUGAGAGUGUGGUGACCUACAACGCUGCAGCUCAUGCCUGCGUGAAAUCAACCAGAUGGAUGUUGGCGUUUUCUGUUCUCCGUCAGCUUCAAGUUCCAAACGCUGUCAGUUACACCACUGCCUUGAACGCUUGUGAGCAUGGAGGCUUUUGGCACGGUGCCAUUCAACUGCUCGAAGACAUGGAGGCAGCAGGCUUUCAGCCCGAACUUGGGGAUUUUCGCUGUGCUGCAAGGGCCCUGGGUGCUGGGCAAUGGGAACGCAUUUUGAUGCUACAAACGAUCCUCCGAGGUCGGAAGAUCUCUGAUCGACGAGGCUCUUUUUGGAGUGUUGUGGUUUGGGCCUGCCAGGCAUCUGGGGUGAAGCGCCCAUUUCCACCACCAUGGGUUCGUUUGCGAUCUUGGAAGGAGAUCGAACUUUUGUCGUAUGUGCAAGGACAGGUUCCUCGGGGGGACUUGGAUGCAGCUCUUCAUGCAGUAGAAGAUUUUGCGCAGAAGGUGAAGUGGUUGAAGGUUCUUGGAGGGUCGAAAGCACGGCUUCUACAAAACUGUCUCCGUCCUGGGGAUGCAGUUGUGGAGUUUGGCAGCUACGUGGGAUAUUCCGCUCUCUUGUUGCUUCAGCAACUACGAAGACUUGGAGGUGGAGGUUCUGUGACCACCUGUGAUCAAGAUGCGGCUACUGUGCUCAUUGCUGAAAAACUGGUGCAGUGGGCCGCACCAAGGCAGCAGGAGGUGACCCUUCUCACCGGCCGUGCAACCGACUGGGCAGCUUCGGGAAAGUUUCAGCGAGCCAACCUGAUCGUCUUGGACCACCGAGCCACAAGUUAUGCCUCUGACUUGGCUGCCGUCUUGCCAACCCUACGAGGAGCAUCACUCCGCAUCUUUGCAGAUAAUGUUCUACACCCGGGGGCGCCUCUUUUUCUCUAUGCGCUGCAUGAAGCUGCAAUCGCUGUAGAUGCUGUAAUUCACGAAGUGUUUGAGUUCUCCCAUGAGCCUGUCGUAUUGGAUUGGGUUCUCAUUGGAGAACUGUGCGUGCCAAGGUUGGAAGCGGCACUUGGCAGGAUCCUUCGGAGGGAUACGCCGAUGGACAUUCGCUGCUGGUCUGAAGAGGUGGAGGCAAUCUGCCGCUACAGCCAGCGCUCUGGGGCAGCACCCGAUUGGCUUGGCUUCCAGGUGAAGCCGCUGCAGCACAAGGAGACGCUCGCCCUCAUUUUGGAAGAGCACACUGAUUUCUUGGAUUGGAUCAUGCUCGCAUAUUUUGCCAGGUGCCGCACAGACAUCUCCAAGUGGCACGGAAGCUCAGAGCUUUCGCUCAAUGUGCGCUCUCCGGUGCGAAAGCUCUUAGCUUCGCAGAAGCCGUACCGAGGCAUGGAUGGGAAGACCUUUGCAAAGCUUUGCAAGGACUUUGCAAGACUUGUUUGUUGCAGCGUCGAGUUUCAGAACCCGCUGUGCAAUCUCAACUGUGGCCUAUUCUGCUUGAAGGGAAACCGGCGCAUUGGGCUGGAGCAGUUUGAUGCAGCUCUGGAGCUCAUCGCAAAGCAGAAGAAUACCACGCUGGAAGACGUAUGGUCUCAUGUGAGGGAUCCCUUUGAGACGGUGAUGAGCUUGCCGGCACUUGGGUCAACAAUGUCAACAAUCCUCGAUUCAGACAAGCGGAUCGCGGGUCGAGCGGGAAGCCUCAGCGAGAAGAAGAUUGCCCAGCAGUUGCGGGGAAAAGAUGGAACAGUGGAGGAUACUUUCAGAGCCUACUGUGCAAACAAACCUGACUUGGAUGGCAAGAGCUUCGUCAAGCUGUGCAAGGAUUGUGAAAUUGUGGAUAACAUCUUCACGCAGAUCGACGUAGACCUGGUCUUCGCAAAAGUGGUUACCAAGGGUCACCGUCGGAUCACCUUGCAUCAGUUUGAAGUGGCACUGGGAAUGAUCGCGCAAAAGAAGGGAGUCGAUGAGGAUUACAUUUUUCGUCGUGUUGCAGAAUCAGAGGGCGUUUUGCAUGCCGGUACACAAGCAGACUAUGUGCGAUUCUUUGAUGACAAGAGCACAUACACUGGAACCCAUCUCUAUGGAGGUCCUGACAGUACCACCAGAAGCAGCUUUGAUCAGCUGUGGAGCUCUGGGCUCCGUCCGGAUGAAGAAGACCGGCUCCCAGAUAUGGUGGUGACCAAAAUCGCAGAGAUCAGUCCCACAGGAGCUGGGACAAGACCUGAGCGGCCAGUCUCUCAAAAGGCUCCGCCCAGACAGCGGUUGGCCAUCACCGCGAAGAGCAAACCUCCUCAAGGGAAGACGGACGACUUUACAAUGGUUUUCACAGACGUGCAAGGCUCCACGUCUCUUUGGGAAGCCAAUCCUCGGGCCAUGGAACUGGCAUUGAGGCUUCACGAUGCGACCAUUCGACAGGUCUUAGCAAAGCAUAGUGGCUAUGAGGUGACAACAGAAGGAGACGCUUUCCAGAUUGCCUUUCAUGACACGUGCGAUGCAGUGGCUUUCUGCUUGGACACACAGGUCAUUGAAGAGUGGGAGACUCUUCUCUGCGACUUGCGUAUGAAAUGGGUGGAGACAAAGGAAAAGGAGAUUGACUUCGGGGCUGGAAAGCCCUGGAGCGAUGUGGAGGCUGAGGAAGCCACUUUUGACAGGAAAGACCUAGCAACAGAUGCUCCAGACCCAUCCAAGUGUGUCUUGUGGGAGCAAUGGUGUGGGUUGGUGAAGCGUGGACACCCCGAGACUCUUGUGCUCCAUCGUCUGACGCCUGCAUUGGCUGCUGCUCGAGCUCCAGGGCCAGGGGCCAUCCGGAAAGUGGAAUGGAAACCCAUUGCCGAAAAAUGGCUUCAAAACAAAAAGGUGAUCCUUCACACAGAUGCCGAUCGAGCCCGAGUCAUCGACCGGGCCUGGCGAUAUCUCAAUGAUCGGAUUGUCUUGAACCAGAACUGUACAGCAGGCUUGAAGCGCCUUCGCUCCAAAUUGCGUUCGGCGCAGCGUGGCUACUUGCGGGAAGUGCUCCGAAAUGCGGGCGACGGGAGUGGAUAUGAAUGCCAAGAAGACGAAGGUGCAUUCAUGCACUUAGUGGUGGCUACACAUCCAGAAGACCACACGCAUCGACUGGACGAGUUCCCUGGCUGUGCUGUUGGUGAAGAAGUAAAGGCCGACUACUUUGGCACCAUAGUGAACCGCACCGCUCGCAUCGCAGCCGCUGCCCACCCGGGACAGGUGCUCUUGGGUGGCGACACCCCGAUAGAUCCGAGUGCCACUGGCCGCCUGCCAGGGUUGCAGUGGCAACAACCGCUAUCCACAAAUGAUCCCGCAGCCGACUCCAGGGGUGCAGCCAACUCCUGUGCAACAGCAGAACCUCGGCAACAUGGGCAUUUGAGCAGGCAUCCUGGCAUCACAGGAUGGAAGGUUGGGCAACCUGGGCAGCAGGUUCAGCACCCUGUGCAGUCGCUGCCCAUGCAACCGCAGCCGAUGCAGCCACCGAUCCAGCCACAGCCGGUCUCACCAGCCCCUCAACAGUCAGCCGUGCCAGGUUGGUCACUCCAGCGCUUGGGUGCUUAUGCACUGAAGGGCAUCGACAGCCCCAUAGUGCUGACAGAGCUUCGGUUAUUUGACGAAGGAGGCAACUUUGAGUCUUUCCCGGAGCCAAAGACCAAGGGCCGUGCUUAUUGGGAGUUUGAGGAAGGCCAAAACCAUUGGCUGGGCUUCUCCCCAAAGGUCAGCGUGCUGCUGGAAGCAGCCUAUCAGAACUGGCUGCAACACCCAAGCGAAGUCCGCUCGCAAAUCCAUGCAAAUGGCUUCCUGUACAAUGUGGACUACACCACGCUGUUGGAAGAGGGCCAGCGCCAAAGCCAGCGCAUACGCCGAGUUGGUGUGACAGCCGACAACGGACAUGACAAGGCCUACUGCACAGUGGAUCCUGCUCUUUGGCAGGAAAUGCAGAUAAAGUUGCAAAGCUUCCGGGAGGAGCAGGAAUGGCUGCUGCGCUUGCUCCGAAGCGACCAACACGGCGCGACGGAGAAAGCGGACGUGAAGUCAGAUGGUUUCUACGGAGCGCUUGCUGAGGAGGUGAGCCGCUUGUGGCAACGUGUGGGGCGACAAGCCGAAGAGUUGGAAGUGCUGCGCAGCCAAGUAGAGCGAAGCCGUCAGCUGCUGGAGCGCUUGCGCACGGCAGUGCUGCCCGGUCGGCUGGUUUGGGCUGCAGGGCGCCUGGGCGUGGCUUCAGCUGUAGAGUCCCAGCAGGUGCACGUCAAUGAAGGAGAAGGUCAAGAUUGGGUCGUACCCAAAGAAGAGGUACGAAGGGCUCCACUUGGGCUUUUGGCAAGGCCAGGGUCCAAAGUUUUGCACCCGCAUGAAGGACGCAGCCUAAAGGGCGUUGUUUGUGGAACAUCACUGCCUCGUGCAUCUGACGAGCAUGCUGCAGUUUGCAGUGAUGCAGGUGAUGUGCAUGAAAGCAGACACUGCGUGGAUGUCCUUCGAGCAGACGGGCGUUGUUCUCGAAUGCCACUUGCUUGGCUCGAGCUGCGAGAGAGCGGAGUUGAAGGCCAACCUUUUAGUGUUGGUGACGUGGUGCGAGCGCGCGAGAAUGACAGCUUCGGAGCUGUGGAUGAUGGACCUCCACCUGGAACCUUGGGCACGAUAUUGCAGGUGAGUGAGGAUCUCUCUUCUGAGUGCGACUCCAUCUUUGUGCGCUUUCCAGAUGGGAUGCAAAGCUUCCGCGAUGUUGCCUACACGGAGGCUCAGGCGAACGAAGGACUUGAGGUGGAUGAGGCAGUGGACCGCAUCCGCCCUGGUGUAGCAGUUCGUUUGAGGCCAUGCGCCGCCAGCUGCGGAACACCAAGCCGUGAGAUAG